AUAACAGUAGUCAUUUUGUAAGAAAAUAAAACGUAGAGAAUAAAAACUACAAGUUCAUUAUUAUAUUGACACCGAUUCUACGUGUACAGUAGUAAAAAGUACUUAAGACUGCGGCGUUUUUGUUCAUCAAUUUAAAAAUGUUUAGGUUAUGGUCAAUUUGGGCGGCCAUCUUUUCCUGUGCGCUAUUUGUAGCAGGAAAUGUAACCAACAGCAAUAAAGAAUACAAUUGUGUUACUCGAGAGUGUUUCAUAGACAAUAUAAAAUAUGCACUCGAUCUGAUGAAAAAUAUGAACGAUAGUGUUGACCCCUGCGAAAAUUUUUACGAAUACGCUUGUGGUAAUUUCGAUGAUUUACCUCAUGCACCUAAAAUAAUGAACCGUUUUCAGGAAUCAGUACAAAUUAUGAGACGAACAUUGGACGCAUUUAUUUUCGAUCCAAAAUCAUCAAAUAAAUCUAAACCUUUCAAUUUUAUGUCGAAUUUCAUGGUCGCUUGCCAAGAUCUCAGCCAUAAUAAUGACUAUACAUAUCUCGACGCCAAAGAAGAUAAAUUAGACUUUUUGAAAGAAGUGAUUUUGAAAUUAGGCGGGUGGCCGGUUAUAGAAGGCGACAAAUGGAAUGAAACUGAUUUUGAUUGGAUACAAUUUGUUCGUAAAUCAGAAUCCAUCGGUUAUUUUAUCGGUCAAACUUUUUUCAAUUUCUUUGCUAAUUACACCGAUUCUGAUAGUCCAGUAUCAUUUAAUUUGAAUCCACCGUUCUUGGAGCUCUCAUGGAAUGGUCCUGCCUACUACAAUUAUAUGAUCAAUGUUGCAAAAUUUUUGGGAGCUAAUGAAACCCGAGCUAAAAUAGAUCUUAUGGAAGCAUUUAAAUUCGAAUCACAAAUGUCAGCUGCAGCUUCGAUAAUAGGAAACCCAGAGAUAAACUCGAUGUCGGUUGAAGAAAUAGAGCGAACAUGGCCAAGCAUAAAUUGGUCUGAAUAUUUUAGUAAUCACUUGCAUCCCUAUUUUUCUGUUGAAAACAAAACUCUUAUAAAUAUUUCGAAUACAAACUACAUCAAAAAAUUCGAAACGCUCAUAAACACAACUUCUAAAAGAGCCCAAGCAAACUACGCCAUUUGGAAAAUAAUCGAAUUCUCGAUUCCUUUAACAAAAUCCGUGACUCUGUACAACUUUGCCAAAACUUACGGGACUUUAAGGCAGGCUCCUGACACCAACUUACAUUACUGUAUUGCUGAAGCUCAGUUAUAUUUGUCAAAACUUGCACUAGCUAACCUCGCACGCAGCCACCCAAUCGACCCGAAAGCCAGGCGUAGUGCUCACCAAAUAUUUUCAAAAAUUAAGAAUAAAUUUUUGGACGCUUUGAAAUCUGAUACUUCAAAGUCCCAAGCUAAUGAAGAAAUAAUUAAGAAAAUAGAGAAUGUAAAGGUUGUUUAUGGUUACCCUGAUGAAUUGCUGGACGAUAAAAAGUUAGAAGAAUAUUUUAGAGGUCUUGAAAUUACCAGAGAUAAUUACUUGGCUAAUUUUUUGAGUAUUCAGACACAUCACACCAAAAUGAGUCAAAGAAUGAUGAGUAAAUCGCAAGAUGCGUAUGACUGGAAGGAUAUUCUUUCAGCUAUGAACUCAAAUCCAGUUAUAAUGUCGCUUUAUCAUCCACAUGGGAAUUUUAUCGAAAUAUCGUCAGUGCUGAGCAAUUUCUUCAUUAACACUAAUCGUCAUAAUUAUACGAACUAUGGCGGGAUCGGGACUAUCAUUGGUAGCCAAUUGGCCACUAUAGUUGAUAUUUUAAGGAAGUCAAGUAAAGAUUAUCCAAGCAAUAAUGUGGAUAAUUGUAUCCUUGAGCAGUACAACAAUUACAUCGGAGGAAACGGAACCAAAGAAAAUAGUUCACUCUUCCAGAACACCAUCACCACUCAACAAGUAGGUCUCAAAUUUGCUUACUUAGCUUACCAAGAGUGGGUUAAUGAGCAUGGAGAGGAACCAAAAUUAGCUAAUCUAUAUUCGCCCAAUAAAUUGUUUUGGUUAUCACACGCAAAUGCGCAUUGCGCACCGAAAUCUUUGCAGCAGUUGAACAUCACCGGAUUUUUGACAUUUGAUAAGCAGAUUAAUUGGGGAAUUUCAAACAUCCCACAGUUUUCUAAUGACUACAAUUGUCCUCUAGGAUCUUCGAUGAAUCCCAAAAACAAGUGCAUCGAUCUCUAAUGGAAAAUUACUCGAUCACAACUUACUGUCAUAAAAAAUAUUGUUUUGGCAAUAAAAUAAGUUAUUAAUAAAUUGCAUUUAUAAAAUUUAAAACUUUAA